AAAUCUGUUUCCUCUCCAAUUCUUCUUCACCCCUUUUGUCUCAGCAACCAAUAUUACCUUACAAUGGAGAGGAUUGUAACAUUUCCCGUCUCUCCUUUCUAUUUAGUUGGUUUUGUAGGGUUCCCUAUAUUUCAAACAAUUCUCAAUUCGGGGAUCAGAAUUCUCCAGUUUUACUCUGGUUUUUUUCAGUCACUCCUCCAAUCCCGAAACGACUUUGUAUUUGGUGAUGAUUUGAAUGUUCAACCUGAGAGGAAAAGCCUGAAUCCUGAACGUUUGAACAAACAAUUAAGCUUGGAUGAGAAGGUAGAUGAUGGAAAGCUGUGCCGAGGAGUAGAGAUGGUGAUGGAGAAGUUGGGCAUUUCUUGUGAUCCAGAUGGCGAGAAGCUUCAGGAGAGAUUGGGUUUGGAUGGGCUUUCGCUCCUGUUCGAGGAAAAAGAACCGACCUCCGAGGAGUUGAAGGAAGCUUUUGAGGUGUUCGAUGAGAACAGAGAUGGGUAUAUAGAUGCAGAGGAGCUACGGAGAGUUCUCUGCGAUCUGGGCUUCAUGGAAGGAUUGGAGUUGGAGGAGUGCAAGAGGAUGAUUGCAUCAUUUGACACCAAUGGAGACGGACGGAUUGAUUUCACUGAAUUUGCGAAAAUUAUGGAGAUUAGCUUUUGAUGAAUUUGUUCUUUCUUCUUUUGUACAGUAUUGUUUCAGAGGGAGAUUUUAGAUUCAAUUGAAUCGAAACAAAUAAUUGUUGGCUUA